ACCGGCCCACCCCGCACCCACCGCAGCCGUGCCGUCCCUCCUCCUCCACCUCCAUCCCCUUCCCAUCGGGGUCAGAAUCACUCCGCGCUUUCCCUUCCUUCCCACCCAAGCAAGCUCCCUCCCUCCCUUCCUCCCCGAGGGCCAGCGGCGAGCCCCGCCCCGAGAUCGGCGCGAGCUCCCUCCCUCCCCGAAUCGACAGCGGAGGCCGCCGGGGCGGGGCGGGCUGCUCGCGGGGUUUAUCGGGGUCCGGAGCGGCGUGGGGGAGGCGGCGUGGCGGCGGCGUGGGGGAUGAUGAUGGACGGCAGCGCGGCCGGCACGAGCAACGGCGGAUCCGGGGCCGACGGGGACGCCGCCAGGAGGAACAACACCAGGAUGCCCAAGUAUUCCAAGUUCACGCAGCAGGAGCUGCCGGCCUGCAAGCCGAUCCUUACUCCAAAAUGGGUUGUCUCGGUGUUUUUCCUUGUCGGCGUCGUCUUUGUCCCAGUUGGCGUCGUUUCGCUACUAGCUGCACAAGAUGUUGUUGAGAUCAUUGAUCGGUAUGAUCAUGCAUGUGUCCCACCUAACAUGACUGAUAACAAGCUUGCGUACAUCAAGAAUGAUACUAUAUCCAAAGAGUGCACAAGGAUUCUCACGGUUACAAAGGAGAUGAAACAGCCAAUUUAUGUGUACUACCAGCUCGAUAACUUUUAUCAGAAUCAUAGAAGGUAUGUGAAGAGCCGAAAUGAUGCGCAGCUAAGAGAUUAUAAGAAGUCAAAUACGACAACCUCAUGUGACCCUGAGAGGUUCACGGCUGAUGGAAAACCAAUUGUUCCGUGUGGUCUGAUUGCUUGGAGUUUGUUUAAUGACACCUAUAGCUUCACUCGUGGUAAAGAAAACUUGACAGUAAACAAGAAGGACAUCUCCUGGAAAAGUGAUAGGGAGCACAAAUUUGCCAAAAAUGUCUACCCAAGCAACUUCCAGAAUGGUGCGCUCAUAGGUGGAAAGAAGCUUAACUCGAGUAUCCCGCUGAGCGAACAGGAGGAUCUUAUUGUUUGGAUGCGGACUGCAGCGCUUCCUACAUUCAGAAAGUUAUAUGGGAGGAUAUACGUUGAUCUCAAGGCGAAUGAUACCAUAACAGUGAGGCUGAGUAACAACUACAAUACAUAUAGCUUCGGUGGCAAGAAGAAGUUGGUCCUUUCCACUGCAACCUGGCUUGGAGGAAAGAAUGAUUUUCUUGGAUUUGCAUACCUCAUAGUUGGUGGACUCUGUAUUUUCUUGGCAUUUGCAUUCACCUUGCUAUACUUGAUAAAGCCAAGGAAACUGGGAGAUCACAACUACCUGUCCUGGAACAGGCACCCCGCAGGCCGCUAAGGGUGUUUCCGAACUCGAUAUGGCGUACAAUUGAUGCCCGCCUCGACUACGUGAAAUGUAUCAUCAUGCCCUACAUGAUACCUGAGAUUGCCAGUAGCUCUAGACCACUUGUGUGUGUACAUUUUAACAAACGGAUCUAUCUAUGUUCUUUUGUUUGUUGUGGUAGGGGCAUGCAUACAACAGCCGAUCUUUGUUGUUGGGUACUACGGAUUGUAUUACUACCUCUGAUCCAUAAUAAGUGUUGCAGUUUUGAACUAGUCCCAGUUCGAAACUGCGACACUUACUCUGGAUCGGAGGGAGUAUCAAGUUUCUCAUUUCGUGGUAUGGAUUUAUUAACCAUUCUGUAAUGUACUGUAAUAGUUUAUUGACCCUAUGAGAUUCCAGACAAUGCAUGAAUGCCUUGGGAUACCAAAGUUACAUUUUUC